UGAUAAAAAAUUAGGCGUUUACACAAUUAUAAACAUAUUGGUUUGUCCUGUGUGACAAAUCCAGGAAGUGCAGAGAGACAGGCGCCUUUUCUGAGCUCAUGUUGUCAGGCAAAAAAAAAAAAAAGUAGCCGUGAAAUAAGCAUUAAUUUUUAAUCAAUAAGCAAACCACUUCAACAGAAAUUCAUCACCUGGAACUGAAUUACGCAAUAUGGCUGCCAAGAAGAAGCGCGCGCCAAGUGCAGAGAACGACAGCUGGGUUGUCAUUGCUGCAGACUCGGCCACUGACACACAGAAGCAUGACAGUGACCCAGCUUUUGUGAGACUAAGGAAUCCCUCUACUGAUGCAGCAUCUCUAUUCAUGCUGGGCAGCGGUGACGUGCAACUGUAUGAGGUCAAAGCAUUUGAAGAAGAUUUCCACUCCUGGUUCGUUGGUCAGACUGUCCAGAGAGAUGGCAGACUCCUCUUCGUAACAGCAAUGGAUCCUCUCUUCCUUAUUCUACCCUAUUUGAUCAAAUCUGGCAAAGAGGGGAAGUUCCAGCCCGUGGAUCAAGUUGUUAUGGAUGAAGAAUUCCCAGCGUGUUCAAGGCUGCUGAGCUGCACGCGUUCUCUGGCCUCCCUGCACCACAUUGCAGAUGAAAAGGAAGUAGGGAAGCUGAAGUUCCAUCGAUACAGUGGAGAGAAAACAAUGAGUUGGUUGAAGAAAAAGGUAGAGAGGACGGUUGCUGCGCUCAAGAAGAGACAUAUCUCAGUGGGAGAAGGAGUCAAAUCUUCAACAUAUGUCCGAGUAAAGUCAGAGUCAGACCAUAAUGAGGAGGACUACCUCCGUUACGCCCACGGCCUGAUAUCAGAGUACAUCAGUGAAGACCUGAGCAAAGCUCUCCUCAAACAUCUGCAGUUACCUGAGCUCACAAGCCCCAAAGAGACAGAACCUCCUUCAAAGAAGCGGAAGCUUUCAGACAAACCGGUGGAGGCCGGAGAGGACUACACCAAAUUCAACAGCUCAGACUUUAUCCGGAAACCGCCCAAGAAGAUGACUACUGCUCAGAAAUCUCUGGCCAAGGUAGACAAGACUGGCAUGAAGCCCAUGUCGUCCUUCUUCAGCCCCAAGGCCAAAGCAGGAAAGCAGUAGAUGUUGAACAGCAUCUGGUUUGUAUAUGACACGUUUGUAAUAAAGAAAAGAAAAAGUA